AUGGAGAUCGAAACAGAUUUAGAUCUAAUUUUGAUAGGUAAAACAGGAAAUGGAAAAAGUGCAACGGGAAAUUCUAUUUUACGAAGAUCGUGUUUUAAAAGCAGUUAUAACACCACCUCUAUAACAAAAAUUCCACAAUACGAUAAAAUUCCACAAUACGAUGUGACUGACUUUGAAGGCUUGAAAAUACAAGUUGUUGAUUGUCCGGGCGUUCUUGACACAGAUAUUGACCAGUCUGGCGGGGUCGAUAUUGUGAAACGCGCGUUACAAAACGCGCUUAUAGCCAAUCCACAAGGCUAUCACGCUUUUCUUAUUGUCGUCAAGUUUGCUCAGCGAUUUACAAAACAGGAACAAGACUCGAUUAAAAUUUUGAAGAAUAUCUUGGGAAAAGAUGUUAUCAAAAACCAUGGCAUUGUCGUCAUGACAAACGGAGAUACUUUUGAAUAUCAUAGUGCAGAGUACGGUUUAACUCUUGAGCGGUUUUGUAAAGAGGAGAGGGGACCAUUUAAAGAGCUUCUAAGUGAGUGUGACAACAGAAUAGUCGUUUUUAAUAAUAUCACUAAAGAUAAAAAUGUAAGAAAUAAACAAUUGCGGGAGCUUUUUGAUAAAGUCAGACAACUUCCAAAAACAGAAAUAGAACGUAAUAGAUACACAAAUGAGGAUUUUCGUAAAGCAGGCUAUGUAUAUACCAAUAUGUUAAAACAAACAGAGGAACCACUAAUAGAUAAGCAGAUGUUAAUUUCACAGCGUUUAAUUUUGCUAGAUUUAAAAAACGUUAAUAAUUGCAAAACCGUGAAAGAAAAACUUAAACAAUUAUCGAUACUUUAUGAAAGCAGCAACAAGUUAUCGAGACAUAUUGCAAAAAUGGACGGUGAGACUGGUACAUUGAACAAGUUAUUGGAUAAUGUAAAAUAUACACAAAACUAUAUUGAAAGAAGUAAAGAAUUUCUUUCUGAUAAAUAUACAGAUAAAACAUUAGACAACGAUAAUACAACUUCACAACAGACCCUAUCAGCACAAAGCAAAUCAAUACCUGUUUCAAAAAACAAAGAUAACGAAUGUCUAUCUACUUUGGAUGAACUCGAGACGCAAUUUACACAAUUAGAAAAAGAAUUCUUAGAAAUAAAACGUGAAGCAGACGCUGGCAUGAUACAUAGGUGCCUGAUCUAUAUUAGAACAUUUUUUUAUCAACAGGACAAUAAUACAAUGCCUCAAUCGACGGAGAUGUCACUGUUUCUUGGGUCACCUUAG